AAAAAUGUAAUAAAUUAAUAAUGAAUGAGCAUAUUUUAAUAUUUCUACAAAACAUUAAAAGAGGGACUAGUACUUGAGAACUUUAAUGUUAAAAUUUAAGUGAGAACUUUAAUGUUAUAAUCUAAUUGAAUGGUAGAAACACAAUUUGCCGUCUUAAUCGGUUAUAGAACACGAGAGCCAUUAACAUUUUGCUAUUCUCUCUCUCGGCCUUCAAUGGAUCCACCAAUUUCUCUUAAAGCAAAUUAAGCGUUCUUAAGCAUCUAUAUAAUCGAGUUCUUUUAUGAAAUAAAAUCAUUCAAUAAACUAAAAAAAAUAAUAGAAACUUUAAAAAAAAAAUUCUUUUAAUAAAUCACUCUAAUUCUUUUUUUUUCAUCUGACAGGAAAAUGACAAGAUUUCCUUUAGCAAUAUGUCUAAUGUGUAUAAUAGUAGCAUCAAGUACGGUAUAUGAAGCGCAAGGAGGUUUCUUAUUAAGGCAUUACUUGAGUAAACUUCCUAGACUGGCCAACGAGUUUGAACCUUUCGCUUUCAAGAUUAUGAUUAGAUUUAUAGACAACCUUGAGAGCUUAUGCUCCUCGAAAGUGGAGUACAAGGAGUUCUUCUCAAAACUGAAGGCUUUUUUGAUCUUCAUAAACUCAACAGCAGGGAAGUCUUCAUCGUCAGAAUUUGAGUCUCAGUUGAAAGCACAUUCUGAGGGGCUCUUCAAGGCUAUCACUGCAUUGGGUGUCAAAGCAUCGGCGGAUACGAGCAAGUUGAUUGAAAGUUUGAUGUCGAUGGGAAAAGUUAUGGCUGAGUAUAAGAGGAGCGGUUCACUAACAAUGACAAGUGAACAAAGGAGAGUGCUGAUCACAUCUAUGAUGAAAUGGGCACAAGUAAUUGGUCAGUUUGUGAAAACUGUACGUGAGAAGACUGGUGACGGUGAUAUUGAUCUCCCAUCUCUUGGCAUUGGAGGUGGAGAUGAUGACGCCGGAAGUGCUGGAGGGGGAAGCUCCGGCAGUGGUUCUUCCUCCAUGGGAGCUGUAAGUGCUGGAGGUGGUAGCUCCGGCGGUGGUGCCUCCUCCUUGGGAGCUGGAAGCGCUGGAGGUGGAAGCUCUGGCGGUGGUACCUCCUCCAUGGGAGCUGGAAGCGCUGGAGAUGGAAGCUCUGGAAGUGGUUCUCCCUACCCCGGAGCUGGAGGGACUGGAGGUGGUAGCUCAGGCAGUGGUUCUUCCACCAUGGGAGCUGGAAACACUGGUAUGGGAGAUGGAAGUACUGGUGGCAGUGGAAAUCCAUCCUCCGACAGUGGUACUCCGUCUAGUGAAACUGGAAGUCAUGCUGGCGGUGGAGGCGGUAGCCCGGGUGGAAGCCCAACUGAUAGCUCAACUGCAGCAGGAGGAAGUUCCAUGGGUGGUGGUGGAAGCUCUAGUGAUACCGGAAGUACAACUGGUGCCGGGGGUGGAAGUUCUGGUGAUACCGGAAGUACAACUGGUGCUGCUGGUGGAAGCUCUGGUGAUGCCGGAAGUAUAACUGGUGCUGCUGGUGGAAGCUCUGGUGAUACUGGAAGUACAACUGGUGCCGGGGGUGGAAGCUCUGGUGAUACCGGAAGUACAACUGGUGCUGCUGGUGGAAGCUCUGGUGAUACCGGAAGUACAACUGGUGCUGCUGGUGGAAGCUCUGGUGAUACCGGAAGUACAACUGGUGCUGCUGGUGGAAGCUCUGGUGAUACCGGAAGUACAACUGGUGCCACUGGUGGAAGCUCUGGUGAUACCGGAAGUACAACUGGUGUCGGAGGUGGAAGCUCUGGUGAUACCGGAAGUACAACUGGUGCUGGGGGUGGAAGCUCUGGUGAUACCGGAAGUACAACUGGUGCUACUGGUGGAAGCUCUGGUGAUACCGGAAGUACAAUGGGUGCCGAGGGUGGAAGCUCUAGUGAUACCGGAAGUACAACUGGUGUCGGGGGUGGAAGCUCUGGUGCCGGGGGUGGAAGCUCUGGUGAUACCAGAAGUACAACUGGUGCUGCUGGUGGAAGCUCUGGUGAUACCGGAAGUACAAUGGGUGCCGAGGGUGGAAGCUCUGGUGAUACCGGAAGUACAACUGGUGCCGGGGGUGGAAGCUCUGGUGAUACCGGAAGUACAACUGGUGCUGGUGGUAGAAGCUCUGGUGAUACCGGAAGUACAACUGGUGCAGGAGGUGGAAGCUCAGGUGAUACCAAAAGUACAACUGGUGCUGCUGGUGGAAGCUCUGGUGAUACCGGAAGUACAACGGGUGCCGGGGGUGGAAGCUCUGGUGAUACCGGAAGUACAACUGGUGCCGGUGGUGGAAGUGGCAGCGGUGGAACCUCUGCUGGUGGCGCAAGUGGAAGUCCAACUGAUGAUAGCUCAGGCUCAGGUGAAAGUGCUGGUGGUGAAACCUCUGGUGCUGGUGGUUCAAGCGGAAAUACAUCCAAUAUGUCUACGGAAGAAUCAAGUUCUAUGGGUGGUGGAAAGUCUUCUAAGGACAGUAAAAUCGCCACUGGUGGAAACGCCAGUGAGGAAAGCACUUCCGGAGGUGCAAGUGGAGGUUCAACUAAAACCACCGCCGCAGGAGAAAGGUCCAUGAAUAAUGGAGAUUCUUACUCAGAUUCUACAGGUGGAAACACCAUGGGGAGUCCCACCGGGAGUCCUUCUGGUAGAGGUGGGAGCUCUUUCACCGGAAGUGAAACUGGAAGCUCAUCUUACCAAGCUGGAGGAGCAUCCGCAGGUGGGCCGAGUGGAAGUACAACUGAUAGCUCAGCUGCAGGAGCAAAUUCAAUGAAUAGUGGAUAUUCUGCUAAAGGAAGCUCCACAACAAGUGCCCAAGGAAGUACACAGGGUGGUUCAGGUUUAGCUGAAGGAGCCUCCGAAGGCAAAUCUUUCAAAGGAAAAACUGGCUCUACGAGGUAUGAAGGUUCUUCCAACUAUCAAAAGACGCACUCAAAAUCCUUAGACAAAAGCUCCUUCAGCCAUUCCUCAGAAGACAAAAGCUCCGGCAACGUCUAAUUAAAUUCGUAGGUUCAGGACAAACAUAUAUCAAUCCUAUAACUUCAAUAAAGAGACGGCCCUGCUAAUUUACAGCAGCGAGCUGUAGAAUGUUUUUGCUAAAUACUAGAGAAUCACCUACAUGCGUUAGCUUUACUGCAUGGACAAUUUAGGAUUUUUUUUUAAUUCUGUUGUAAAAUAUGAAUAUAAUAAAUUACUAGAUUCUGAGAUAAUAUAUAAGUCUUAGAACAUUUAUCCGAAACCUAAGAAUCAACUGAAAAAAAAACAAAACUAAAAUUGAACCGAAUUUCAUAAAUAACCGAUCAGAUGUUUUAUCUCUUGAAUCAAAAAAUUGAAACCAAACCGAGAACCAAAUGGGUAUAUGUAUUUUUAAAAUAAAAAUUAUUUACCUACAAAUAUUAAUUAUAUUUAAUUUUUAACAUGUGCUAUAAUAUAUGUUUAAAUUUGUAUAUAAAAUUUAUAUUUUUUAUUUUAAAAUUUUAAUCGAACUAUAUUUAAUUUAAAAAAAUCAAACAUAAUUUGCAUAAAACACAUAGUUGUUUUUAAAAAGAUUAACAGAAUAUUUUUUAUAUAAAUAUUUGAUGUUGUCUGAUACCAUAAAACCUUAUAUGCAAAAACUAUUUACGCUAAAUACACUAAUCCAAUUGUAAAACUAUGAGAUUAUGAUAUAAGGCCAUCAUUUAUUAUAUUUUCCUAUUCAGUGUGGUAUAUGUUCGUAAAGUUUGAAGAAAAUAUAAUUUUGUUAAUGGAAAUGAUCCAUUAGAUAAUAACAUGUGGACCUCAUAAAAUUUGAAUCUAAGGAAACCUAACAAAACAAACACGUAGUAUUUUGAAAUAAAUGAAAACGUAGUCCAGUUUGCUACGCCAUGGUAUUCUGCGGGUUGUUAUUAAAAAUGAUAGGGUCAAGUUUUUUUUGAACGAAUAUAGGAUUAAGUUAUGAUUUAUUUGCUUGUAUAUAAUAAGUUAAGUUAAUAAUGAAAGGGUCCAAACAACCUUUUUAAGUAGAUUUAUUAAAACUCUUUCCCUUUUAAUAGUAUUGAUGAGUACAUGAUACAUCAAAUUUGAGAAAGUAAAAGUUACAAAGGAUUUUUUUUCUUUUUUUUUUUGCCAGAGAGAAACAAGUUCAUAAAAGUUUACAAGCCGGAAACAUUCAAAAACAAGUUCGCAAAGGGGGGUGGUGGCGGGGAAUCCAAAUCCACUAUAUUAUUUACUCCUUCAGUUCGUAAAAAUCCAUAUUCUACAGAAAAUUUAUGUUUCAAAAAGAUACAUAUUUUAUAUUUUCAAUGUAUUUUUUGUCAAUUAAUAAUGAAAAAUUGUGAAGUUCAAAAACAUUAAUUGCAUUUCUUAAAAUUUUAUUGAUUUAAAAAUAUAGAAAAUAUAAAAUUACAAAAAAUUAUGCAUUUACAGCUAAAUUUUAAUAUAUUUUAUUAAAAAUUGUAAAACAUGAUCUUUUUAGGAACGGAUGGAUUAUAAUAUUUCUCAAGUUUUUUCAAAUUAACUAACUUAAGUUAAAAAAAAAUUUAAGUAAUAAUAUUUCUCAAGUUAAUAUUUAUUUCACGUGUUUUUACAAAUAAUAUAUAUAUAUAUAUAUAUAUUUAUUUAUUUACUCCUUCCGUUCAUAAAAGAUCCAUAUUCUAGAGAAAAUUUAUGUUUCAAAAGAUACAUAUUUUAUAUUUUCAAUGCAAUUUUUGUCAAUUAAUAAUGAAAAAUUGUGAAGUUCAAGAACAUUAAUUACAUUUCUUAAAAUCUUAUUGAUUUAAAAUAUAGGAAAUAUAAAAUUAC